CUAAGGUGUUAUAGUAAGUAAGCCAAGAGCUGGUUUGAGAGAUCUCUUGGUUGAAGAUGGCUUCUAUUCUAUCCUUCUCUGUUCUCAAACCAACCAUUACUAAGGCCUCUGCUUCUGUUUCUUCUUCUUCUCCGACCUCAACCAUAACAACGCCGUCAGUUCCUGAAACUCUCCAAGAAAAAUUCGGCCGGAAAGGCAUCAAAUUUUCCGACGCCGGCGACGUUGAGCUGACAGUCAGAAAUGGAAGCUCACUCAAGCUGCAGAUUCCGACUGCACACGUCACCUCUUACCGGCCAAAAGUCUACUGGAAAGACGACGGCUUCGAGGAAAUUGUAUACACGCUGCCUCCCGCCGGACCGUCGUCUUCCUCCAAAGGCGGCAUUGGUUUGAUCGUGGAGGAGGUUCCGGAACCCAGUCCCGCCUCCAAGGUAAGGUCUCUAUCAAUGGCGGCAUCAUCCCUGGCCCCACCUGCGCCCAAGAGUACUCCGUGGACUGUCACUGAUGCCGAUUCAGACUCCAUUGAUGCCGUUCAGGUUGAACUGAGCUGCACUAGGGGGGCUCUUGACCUAACCUAUGUAGUCUCCCUGUAUCCGGUCACCAUGGCCACCGCCGUGAUAGUGAAGAACACCGGCCAAAAACCGGUUACCUUAAAGACGGCAAUACUCAGCCAUUUCAGGUUCAAGAGCAGAGGCGGAACAGGAAUCCAAGGGUUAAUAGGCGCCUCUUACUGCUCACACCCUCCUCUCUCUUCCCCCUUCGAAAUCCUUUCCCCUUCGGAAGCCAUGAAAGCUGAGGAUCCUGGUUUCUUCUCCUUUGGAUGGGAGCCGGAAAAGAAAUCCGGCGUCUGGGCGGUUCAGGAUGUUCCCAUCACCGUGCUCCGCCACAAGAUGAGCAGAAUCUACGCCGUCCCUCCCGCUGAAAGAUCAAAGGGAUUCUACAACACCCUUCCUUCCAAAUACGAAACCCUAGAUCAGGGUCGUGAGCUGUUCUUCAGGGUGAUAAGGAUGGGGUUUGAUGAUGUAUAUGUAUCAAGUCCAGGAUCGAUUUCCCAGAAGCAUGGGAGUGAUUACUUCAUUUGCACAGGCCCUGCUUCAGUGCUGCUUCCCGUGGUUUUGAAGCCUGGUGAAGAGUGGAGAGGAGCACAGAUUAUUGAGCAUGAUAAUCUAUGAUCAUAUACUCUUCAAUUCUCUCAUCUCUUUGGUUUUAUACAAGAAAAAAUUUCAACCAUUUAUAUGAGAAGUCUCUAACGAUAUCCAUGUAACAAAUCGUGCCUAUUGAUUGCUCCAUACCACCUUAUGCGAAUCAGGCGCUCCCCAA